AUCAAUAGUGAUAACAACAAACAUAUGAAUAUAAUCGAGAAAAAUGUUAAAAAUACGAAAACAUUGAUUAAUAAAAUUAUUAACAAAAAUAUCAAUAAUAGUUCAUUAUCCACAUUACCAUCGAUACCCAUACUCAUCACAUCGCCGUCUAAAUUGAUAUCAUCGACGCCAUCAUUGAUCACACCCUCGCCUACAAUCACCUCAUUGUUGCCAACAACUGAUUGCACGACAAAAAUUGAAACUAAUACCAGACAAACUCCAGACAAUAUUGACAGACAAAUGAAAGUAAAACAAUUUUUGGUGGAUAUAAAUAAAACAACUGAAAACAAGACUCUAGUUGAAUAUAUAGACACUUUUUUUGAUAAUUUAUUACCAAAUAUACCUCAAUACGGAUGCAAUGAAAUGUUUGAAUGGCUCGGACUAACAAAAACCGGUACAAAAUUGUGCAAAACUUUAACUUAUGGACCAUUUGUAUCGUACACAAUAUGGACAAACUGGUGGGACAGAUCACAGUGUGGUGAUUGUAUGAUAAAAUUGGAUAAAUGUAUUAAUCAAAUGAAAACAUUUAUUAAUAAUUAGUUUUUCUAUUAAUUGAAACAUAUUGUAUAGCAAAUAAUGAUUUGUAAAAUUAUUUUUUAUUUUCUAUAUAUAUAUAUCAGGGUUGCUAAAGGUUUUCGAUUUCAGGGGGGGUAUAGAGGGGUAAAAUAGUAAACAUUUCGAAAAAUCUUGGAGUAUAAAUGGUUGCAUAUAUUUAGCAACCCUGAUAUAUAAUAUAUUAUAUAUAUACUCAUAAACUAUAAGAAAUUAGUGAGAAUUUUUUUUAUCA